UAAAAAUAAUUGAAAAUAUUUUUUUUUGUACUUUAAAAAUAGACCGACAUAUUACAUAUUACGUAUUACGUUUUACAUAUAUUUUUAGAAAUAUUUUCUCCGGAAGAAGAUAAUCAUAAGAGCGCAUCAAAAUGAGCGAUCAUAAAAAGCAUAAACACAAAUCAAAAGAAAUGAAGAAAGAAAGGGACCAUGAUCGGUCACAUCAAAAGAGAAAACGUAGUCGGGAACGUCGUCGCAGUAGAAGCACAGAGAGGAGCCGAAGUAAAGAUCGCAGUCGAAGCAACACAGACAGAAACCGUGAACACAGAAACGAAAAGAGUUACGAGAGAGGUCAAAAUAGAGACCAGAGCAUCCCAAUUAAAAGCAAAAAUGACUUUAGAGACUAUGGUCACAGCAGUAGUUAUCGGUCACCAACGAUACGUCAUGAAAAAAAUCAUUCCCCGAUGCGUGAAAAGCGUUCUUCAAGUUCUUCAUCUCUGUCGCCACAACGUCACACCGAUGAUAAUCAAAAGGAAAUAACAAAUUUGGUGAAUUUUUCAUUUUUUGACUUUAAAUAUGAAUUAUCCAAGCUAUUGUCCGGAUAUGUAGCGCGUGAUAAACUAAUUGAAGAUGUUGAAGAUUUUUGGCUAUUUCUUCAAAAAUACGAAACAACUUUGCGAAAUUCUGGUAAAAGUAUAUUGCCCGAUCCGAUUUAUGAUGAAUCGGUGACUGUUGAAAAAGUUGAGAAAAAUCCACAAACGGGACCAACCACAGCGAAACCACAAAAUCCAUCCGAUUGCAUUAAAGUUAAAUUAGCAGUGCCAUUUGAUAAUCUUUACGGGCGAUUAUCCUCGCACGGUCGAAAGAUCCCACUGUCAAAGUACAAAGUAAAACAAUUUCUAACAAUCGUUCUGCAAUACUCGGAUUUUUUGGAACAUGAUCGAUUGAUGAAAUUAAAAAAACUGCGUCAAACCCAAGCAGAUCUACCCGUUGCCAAAUUCAAAGACGAAAUUAUUGAGGCAGUGGCCCGUGAACAGGUCAUAUUGGUUGCUGGAGACACCGGUUGUGGUAAAUCGACGCAAAUUCCACAAUAUUUGCGUCAAGCAGGCUAUGAGAGUAUUUGUUGCACACAACCUAGACGAAUUGCAUGUAUCUCGUUAUCAAAACGGGUUGCUCAUGAGAUGCAAUGCGAACAUUCCAAUGAAGUUGGUUACCAAAUUCGAUUUGAACGCAGCAAGAAUAAAGACACAAAAAUUAUUUUCAUGACCGAAGGUCUUCUGUUACGACAAUUGUCGACCGAAGCAGCUAUCACGCAAUUCGAUGUUAUUGUAUUGGAUGAGGUCCAUGAGCGGCACUUGCACGGGGACUUUUUGCUUGGUGUAACAAAGUGCUUGCUGAAAAUACGACCCGAAUUGAAAUUGGUACUGAUGUCAGCCACAAUCAAUGUGAAAUUAUUUGCAGAUUAUUUUAUCGAAGAAAAAGUACAUGUUAUCGAAGUGCCAGGACGCUUGUUUCCCAUUAAAUUGCAUUAUCGGCCUCCGAUCGAAGAUUUUGGCGGACGACAAAGUAAAGCCGAUCGACUCAGCCCCGAACCAUACGUACAGAUAAUGCAAAUGAUCGAUGGCAAAUAUCCAAGUACUGAAAAAGGUGAUUUAUUAAUUUUCAUGAGUGGUUUAACGGAAAUAACAACGAUUGUUGACGCCGCCACCGAGUAUGCGGAAAAAAAUAAAAAUUGGAUCAUUCUACCAUUGCACAGCAGUUUAUCGAUUUCAGAUCAAGAUAAAGUAUUCGACUAUCCACCAGACGGUGUGAGAAAAUGUAUUGUUAGCACGAAUAUUGCGGAAACUUCCGUCACAAUCGAUGGCGUUCGCUUUGUGGUAGACUCUGGCAAAAUGAAAGAAAUGAGUUAUGACCCGCAAACAAAAAUGCAACGAUUAAAAGAAUUUUCGAUUUCAAAAGCAUCAGCGAAGCAGCGAAUGGGUCGUGCCGGACGUACUGGACCUGGUAUUUGCUAUCGUUUGUAUGCUGAAAAAACCUACAAUGAAUUCGAAGAAUAUUCUCAAGCCGAAAUUCACCGAGUGCCUUUAGAAUCAUUAUUGCUGCAAAUGAUAUCAAUGGGCCUGCCCGACGCUCGAAUGUUUCCAUUCAUCGAACCCCCAGCCGCCGAUUCAAUUGAAAACGGUAUUCUUUCACUCAAAAAACACGAUGCACUAACAGCAAAUGAAAAAGUCACACCGCUGGGUCGAGCACUUUCAAAAUUACCGGUAGAAAUUUCAAUUGGAAAAAUGCUGUUAAUGGGCUGUGUAUUCGAACAAGUUCAACCGGUGCUAACACUAGCUGCCGCAUUAAGUGUUCAAACACCAUUUACCAAUCGCGCUUACCGAGACCAUGAAUGUGAAACAGCACGCAAAGAUCUUGAGUCUGAUCACGGCGAUCCAAUAACCGUUUUAAAUGCUUACAAAGAAUGGCUUGAACUGAAGCGAGGACAAUUUAAUCGAAAAAAUGAGAAUACAAAACAAUGGUGCCGACGUCGUGGGUUAGAGGAACAACGUUUUUAUGAAAUUACCAAAUUGCGAAGACAAUUCGAAGAGCUGCUGAAAGACAGUGACCUUUUGAGUGUGGAUAAUUCAGAAAUGAGCACCAGCGAGAGAAUUAUUAGGAAAGGUGAACUGCGACAAUUGAAGCAAAUGCGACGUGAACAUAAGCAAGAAGCACCAAAACGACGGAAAUUAAAGAUGACAUUGUAUUCGAAUGAAAAUGAAGACGAAGACGAUGGAAGCGUUGAUAUUCGUGAUGUUGAUUUUCGUCUGUCGAACGAUUCAUCGAAAAUCGAUGAUCUAGUAAGCGGUGCAACGGCGUGCAGUUACAGAGAUUUGAUCAUUUUAAAAUUGAUCUUAGUCAGUGGUUUGUAUCCACAAGUCGCUAUUUCCGAUGAAAUCAAUCACUUGAAGGCUCCUGGACAGCAAUUCUAUCAUACCGAAAAAAAACCGUACACAUCCCUUCAUCCGAUGGGCUUUUUCGCUAAUAAUCCACAAAUUUUACAAUUGACACAACCAGAAAUAGCGGAGCCAUUUGGAACUUAUCGUUCAAAAUUACCAUUGAGUUCGCGACAUCAGUUGCUAUGCUACUUGUCGCUGUUGGAAACAACAAAACCAUAUCUAAUGAAUACGCUUCGAAUGCCUGCCGCUCAAACACUUUUGCUAUUUUCACACAGCAUCGACACGAAUUCAACAUUUUCCAAGAUAAUUUGUGAUUCAUGGCUACAAUUAGAGUUUCCACAGCCGGAAUGUGGUCAAAAUUUACUUCUCAAAGCAUCAAAUUUGCGUCUCACUUGGACCAAACUAUUGGAAAAUAAACUGGAAUCGAUGACAAAAAGCGUGGAGUCUGAGCUGGCAACGGAUAAACGUCAAGUAGAAUCCAAGAAACUGGAGAAUGAACUUUGGUCCAAUCUGGCUACUUUCAUGAAUAGUGAAAUUCUGUACACAAUCAAGCGACUUCUACCAGCCGACUUGAAGACGUUAUAUGUCGGUCCAAUGGACGAUUAUAGCGAAUUACUGUCACAAUUCAAGCCAAAUCCAUUUGCCGAUGACUUUGAAUGCACGCCAAAUGAUGUAAAGGGUGGGAUUCAGAUAACGGACAACAUUUUAUAUGCUGCUGUUCGAGAAACGGACUGGAGCUGUGAAAUGGCAGAUCUAAUUGUAACCACAGAAUGGAACUGUACACAUUGUGGAGGAACUUUCUAUCUAACCGGGAUUCAAAAACUUCAACAUACGAAUGAAUGUAAACCAAAACCAGAAAUCGAUGAUUCGAAUGACCAAAGUGGUGCGAUGGCAGAUAAUCAGCAAAAUAGUAAACCGCAGAAUAGCAAUUCAAAACUUUAUAGUUGUCCAAAUUGUAAACAAGAACUCUAUUUAACUUCCACCGAAAUAUUGAAACAUCGAAAAACGUGCACAUGAAAAAAUCAUCAUUCAGUGCGGUAUGAAGUCAUAAAAAAACUGAAUAAAAACAUUAUUCUAUUGAUUGAAAUUUUUCAUUUAAAGAUGUCGGCGUUCAUAUAUGAACAAAA